AUGUAAGAUUGUGGGGACCAAUAAAAUUAUAUCAACUUCCUCUAGUUAGAGAAUGGUGUAGGAUCAAUUGAUGAAAACUCUUCUUCGUUACUUCAAUUAAAUCAUGAAAAUCCAUCUCUGACUUAGAUCAUUAAUCUAAAUGGUUAUCCCUUAAAACAAUAAGCUAAGAAGAUAAAAAAGAAGAAGCGAGUGGACUUUCAUUAUAAAAAGAAGAGAAGAAACAUUAAAUCAACAGAGAUAAAUAAUAAUAAUCCAUUCAAUGUAGAGGAGGACAAAAAAAUCCUAUCACUUGUACUUGAACAUGGUCCAAAGUUUAGUGAUAUAGCUAAAUACUUCAAUGAUAGAAAUCAAAAUGCCAUUAAGAAUAGAUACUAUAAAUACCUUCGAUUUAAAUGGGAUUAUUAUAUGGGAAGGUAUGGCUUUUUAAUAUAAUGAUUAAUAGUGAGUACAGAAGACUGAAUUGUAAGCGAGAUAAUGAAAAAGUGGAAUGUAGUGAUCUAACUUAAAUGAUGGAUGACAUGAAUAUCUUUCCAGAAAUUAAAGAUUUAUUAUCCAAAUUUGUAUACACACUUCACUCUUAUUUCAAUUGA